GAGAGAGGGGCGGAAGAGCGGCGGGACUCGCUUGGGACGGAGAGAGACGGAGAACGGAAGAGGGAGCACACAGGGCGAGCGAGGGCGGGGAGAGCAGGAGAUGCGGUGCGGUGGGAGCGGGUGGAUGCAGGAGGACUGCGCGCGUAGAGUGCGAAAGAGAGAGAGAGGGAGGGUGAAGAGAGGACGAGGAGGACGAGGAGGACGAGGAGGACGAAGAGGAGGCGGCCUCGGAGCAACGUCGGUGAUGUCAGUGUGCACGCGGACGCCGAGUCGGCUUCGGCGUUGGCGUAACGUCGCGACGCAACCGCACCGCGAACGCAGGGCAUCGCUCGCCGAUCGUCACUCUGACGCGCGCUGGGCAUCAGAAGAGAGUGCGCGACCCCCCGGGAGUGACGACGACGCGCCGCCGUUGCGUCGGACGUCGAGAAUCGCGGCUUUACGACCAACGACCACGACGACGCCGGUCGUCGCGACGACACGGCGACGAAGACGACGACGACGACGACGACGAGGACGAGGACGAGGACGAUUACUACUGCGGCGUUCGGUGUGUGCGCGAGAUUUCGUUAGCCACGUUGCUGCUGUGAAGUGUGUAUAUGCGACAGCGCAACGUCAAGCGCUCGCGGCUUUACGAUGGGAAUCGUGAAUCGUCGGUGAAACCGGAUGCCACGGUUAAAACCUUCCGUUUGCGCGCGAUAGUCGACGCUCGAUAAUCGGCGACAAUUUUCCCGGAUUGGCCCUUUUCGCACGCAGAAACGACGGCGCGGCGCGGCGGCGGUCACGCACGAUAACGCCGCCGACGAACGAAACCGCCACGAACGAAGAUAAGUGCUAAGGGACGUUCACGUCGAUUUUAUUGCCGGGGACGAUG